AUGCAUGAAAAAGGACGCACCGCUUUGCCCUACCGUCCCAGUGAGAUGCCCAAAACCAGGUAUCUCCAGCCUCCAGGAACCUGGGUCCGGUGUGCCUUGGAAUCAAGAGAGCUGCUCGCUUUGUGUCUUAAAAAAAUCAAAGCUUCCCUGAGCAAGGUCCGGCUGAUUGAUGCAGGCUUUAUUUGGACCGAGCCCCAUUCUAAGAGGCUGAAGCUGAAACUGACUGUUCAGAAAGAGGUGCUAAAUGGAGCGGUUCUUCAGCAAGUGUUUGUGGUGGAAUACAUAGUUCAGUCUCAAAUGUGUGAAGACUGUCACAGAAUUGAAGCGAAGGAUUUCUGGAAAGCUGUAGUGCAAGUCAGACAAAAGACUCUGCACAAGAAGACUUUCUACUAUUUGGAGCAGCUGAUUUUAAAACACAGGCUUCACCAAAAUACGCUUCGCAUCAAAGAAAUCCAUGAUGGCCUGGAUUUUUAUUAUUCUUCAAAGCAACAGGCCCAGAAGAUGGUUGACUUUCUUCAGUGUACAGUUCCAUCUAGAUCAAAAUCAUCCCAACGUUUGAUCUCUCAUGAUAUUCAUAGUAAUGUCUACAAUUACAAAAGCACUUUCUCUGUGGAAAUUGUUCCCAUAUGCAAGGACAAUGUUGUAUGCCUGUCACCAAAACUGGCGCAGAGCCUUGGUAACAUGAGCCAGAUCUGUGUGUGCAUUCGAGUGACGAGCACCAUCCGCCUCAUCGAUCCUAGCACUCUGCAGAUUGCUGAAAUUGAUGGGAAUACCUACUGGCGGCACCCUUUCAAUAGCUUGUUCCACCCCAGACAGCUAGAGGAAUUUAUCAUUAUGGAUAUCAAUAGAGUUCAAGAAAAGAAAAAAGGGGCAGGGGCAGGGGCAAGAUCAAACAAGCACACGCUGGCUGAAGCCUGGGUACGGAAAACCUCGGAGCUGAAUACAGAUCAUCAGUAUUUCUGCUGUACUCACUUGGGACACAUCCUGAAUCCUGGCGACCUUGUCUUGGGAUUUGACUUGGCGAACUGCAACUUAAAUGACGAGUUUGCCAAUAAGAUGAACCCACACAAUAUUCCUGAUGUGGUGUUAAUAAAGAAGAGCUAUGACCGUACCAGACGCCAGCAGCGCAGAAACUGGAAGCUGAAAGAGCUGGAAAGGGACAGAGAAGGCCUGGAUACAGACGAUGAAAGGCAAUACCAGGACUUCCUUGAAGAUCUCGAAGAAGAUGAAGCCGUAAGGAAGAAUAUCAACAUUUACAGAAAUGCAGAUGUUCCAGUGGAGAGCGACACAGACGAUGAUGGUCCUCCGCGAAUCAGCCUGGCUGAAAUGCUAGAGGAUCUCCAUAUUUCCCAGGAUGCCACUGGUGGGGAGGGAGCAAAUAUGAUGACAGAAUAA